GGGGAGGUGAAGACAGCCGGGCAAGCUGCAUCUCCGCCAGGCUGCUUCCCUUCCUCCUUGUUUUUUCUCAGCCAGAGUAGUUUGGCAAACACGCUCCGGGUGCCUCCGAGGCCGUCUCGCAACGCCCAGGAGAGUGGGGUGUAACGUUGGUGGCCAGACACCUGGCCCUCCACUAGCCCUGCUGGCACAGUCCCAGGACAGGACAUGUCAAGCUGCAGCACCCCUGGGGGCCCCACUGCCCUGGACUUUCCGGAAGUCCUGAAGUCCCUACUGGAGUAUUCCUUGCCCUGGACCAACAAGAUGACAGAUAAAGAGAAGGAGAAAAUAAAGCUUGAAGAAGAUGAGGCAGCAGCUGCCAGCACUAUGGCAGUCUCGGCUUCCCUCAUGCCACCCAUUUGGGACAAAACUAUUCCUUAUGAUGGCGAGUCUUUCCACCUGGAGUACAUGGAUCUGGAUGAGUUCCUGCUGGAAAAUGGAAUUCCUUCCAGUCCUACUCACCUGGAUUUGAACCAGAAUCCUCUCUUGCCUGUGGCUGAGCUGGAAGGGAAGGAAUCUGCUGGUGCUUCCACUGGUUCUCCUGCAUCAUCCUCUUCCACUGCAGUGUAUCAGCAAUCUGAAGCAGCCUCCAGCACAGAGUCCCCACCACAAAAUGAGAGAAAUACACCCAGCCCCAUUGAUCCUGACUGCGUAGAAGUUGAGGUGAAUUUUAACCCAGACCCUGCUGAUUUAGUGCUGUCCAGUGUGCCUGGUGGUGAGCUCUUCAAUCCUCGCAAACACAAGUUUACUGAAGAGGACCUGAAACCACAACCUAUGAUUAAAAAGGCCAAGAAGGUUUUUGUCCCAGAUGAGCAAAAGGAUGAAAAAUACUGGACAAGGCGAAAGAAGAACAAUGUGGCAGCGAAGCGUUCCCGUGAUGCUCGGCGAUUAAAGGAGAAUCAGAUCACAAUUCGGGCAGCCUUUCUUGAGAAAGAAAAUACAGCCCUGAGGACGGAGGUGGCAGAGCUGCGCAAGGAAGUGGGACGAUGCAAGAACAUUGUUUCUAAAUACGAGACCAGAUACGGACCCUUUGACUUAUCUGAUUCCGAGUGAUGCAACUUUAAAGACUUUUAAAAACAAAGAAACUAAAAAGCACACAUGAAUCGCCAGUCUUCAGAGUGAGCAGUGAAAUCUAUGAGGUGUCCCAACACAAACAACUGAUGAUGACCCUGCCUGCCUCCUUGCCUGCAAGUACCCCAUCUGACUACCCAGGGCUGGGCAUGAUGAAAAGUGCAAAGUCUCCUUAAUUCUGUAUAUGGCUUUCUUAUCUGUCUUUCUCACUGUAACUAUGAACUACAAUAAGCUUACCUACUGGGGUUUUGUCAAGACACUCAAAGUUCAUGUCUCAAAGUCUGUUGACAGCCUGUGUGAAUAGUUUUGGCACUCGAGUGGAAGAAGAGGGAGUUUUAAAUGAAAAUGUCUGUAUAUAUAAAGAACUGCUAUAUUUUAAGACUCUUUUCCCUGCAGUAUAAUGAAUUUUAUUUAAUACUGCAGCUCACUUCUGGUGCAGUGUAGCGUAUUGUGGAGUACUGUGAGUGCAGAACUAAAGACACCAGGAAGACAGCAGCUGUAAUGUGUGAGACUUCAGUGCAGAAGAUUACAACAGAUGUACUGAAAUAAUACAGAAAGCACCACAGUGUGCCAUACAGAGAGUAAUAAACCUCUAUCAAAUGACCCACGUAACAGUAAACCACGUCCGUCGCUUUCCUGCUCCACAGCUACACUGCUGUAACCUGCCUUUUCCUUUAUUUCGUUUGUAAGGCUCACUUUCUUUUAUGGUAUCUUGCUGAAACAGGUUCUAUUCUUCUGCUAACGAUUUAGCAAUCAUGGAAAAGGUGCUAUUCUGAGUUGCUGAUCUCCAGGUCUUUUGGCAAUCUGAAACUACCAAAUGAGUAUUAGCUCCAGGAAAACAAUGGCUAUUAGCUGCCAUAUUACAAUUUUCUGUCUCUUGACUGCAGGACAACUGUAGUGCUGAAGGUGAAACAGCCAAUGAUAUCCCACAGUUACAAUGGGCAGCUUAAGUGUAAGGACCCUUGUGCCGGUGUGGGAGGGUAAUGAAAGCUUGGACAGAGUUUGGAGAUGUUUCUUGUGUUUAGAACAUGUAGGAAGUUCCGCUGUAAGAGUUUCAUCAGCAUAACAAAGAUCUGCUCUUAUAUUAAGAAAGCUUGAGAGCUAAAUCUGUGUGGAAAGAACAAGAGUGCUUACUUUCUAGGAAAGGAGUACAGGGCCGUGCUUAUAGCCAAAAUGGAGCUUGUAAGACAGGAGUGUGUUCAUGCCUGGAGAUUGAUGAAUAGCAUACAACUCAAGAAAAAUAAUCUUGAAAGCUUUCUGAAGCACAAGUGCCAAAAUUAUGAGGCAUGACUAGUUACCAGCAUAGCUCAGUGCUAUCAUAUUGAACAAUUAUUUUGACUUUGUGUUUAUUCAAGAAAUUCCACCCCUAAUUUCAGAGCAGAAACGGAAAGAGAAAAAUGUGAGAAGCAGCAGAUGAUAUUGUAAGAUUAAUUAAAAAAAAUAAAUUCAAAAGCCAAGAUAACCAGUGUUUGCCAGCAUAACCUUUGUACAGAACUUAUAUAUUAAAUGUAGUUUUUGACCUAUCAUUUUUAAUGGAUGAUGUACUGAAGUCAAGAAAGUUUUUAACUUUUUGCUGGUUACCAAAGUAUACCUAUGACUGUAUUAUUUGGGAUUAUAAAGAUCUGAGAUAACCUUGGGAUAUUUUUAUCAAGUAGAUGAAUAUUUUAGUUCCAUGUUGCUGAAAUGGCAGCAUAUAUCUCUGCCUAUAAUCAGUAUUGCUGAUUUGGACUGACAUUUUCGGUAUGUAGUGAUUUUUGCUUUAUUUUGGUGAUAAAGGCCCAAACCAUGGAUAAAAAAAAAAAAAAAA